UGGCUGCACCGGGGCUGGAUUUAUUCAGUAUUUUGAAUAUGUUUUGUGAUUCCUUUAGCUAGAAGUGAACUAAGAGAUUUGAACUAUGGGAGCUGGUUUUGACAGCUGCACUGUCUUUGACUGUGUUUUAGACGGAAGUGCUGCUUCAGGUUAUGUGUUCGCAUAUAAUUGUAUCACUUGUUCUUUAAGCACCAGCGAUAAUAGCUGCAGUCGGAGAAAAAAACAAACAAACAACAGUUUUGCGACCAUAACCUUCAGCCAGCGCAGCAGUCUUUGGUAGUAGCUAAAUGUUAAAUGUCUCUUUAUUUUGUGUCAACAUUUGACAUAACAUUUGGCAUGUGAAAUACUUGUUGCGCCAAAAGUGGCGCAACAGGACCGGUAGGUCUGGUUCAGUCACAUCUAGUUUUCUGUCUGCGCAUUUUCUUUCCUCGACAAACAAUCUUUUCACUUCUCUGAAUGUCUCCGACGCAGAGCCCGACGACUUUGUGAUUGUACCAUUAGUUUAAAUCGAGAAAACACAUUUUUUUUAAACACUUAGAAGAGUAAAAGCAUAAGAAAGUGCGGCACAGUCCUCAGAAAUGACAGCUAAACCGUAUUUCUAAACUUGAACGGACUUGUGCUGGCCUGCUCUUUGGCUUACAGCCGAAGUUACGCAGCGAAAACUAAUCACUCCUUGAAAUCACAUACUACCAAAUCAUGCUGUCUCAGUUUAGUCCAAUAUUAGAGGUUUAGAAAUAACCGGAGAGAUUAGUUUAACAGGAGGGGAGUAAAUAUUAAUGGGUUAAACGGGAUGAGUUGUACUUGUAUCGGGGAAGGGGAAACCUCUCUGUGUACUGGCAACCUAAUCAGAGCAGCCAGGACGGAAUGUGCUCAACGUCAAACACGUUUACAACCUACAGGCUGCAGGUUGCCAGCAGUCAGCUCUGCUACAGGCUGGAAAAACUGCAGGGGCAGAUGAGAAAAUUACAGACAACAUCAUUGUAAACCUAGAGUUCAGAAACGCAGGACUUGUGUUUACUUAUACUGUAGUUUAUUAAUGUAUUAUCUGUGGUUACGUCCGUUGUUGUUGCCUCAAAAUUAUAAUAAACGUUGCUCUAAGUUAUAAAGAACUGAUCCGACGAAAUAUCACAGUUUUCAAUAAUAAUUUAUGUUAAAAUAUUGGUAAUAGCCGAUGUAAUAACAUUGUCAUUAAGGCCCAAUAAGAAGUAAGGCAUGGCUCAAAAUGUUUAGUAAACCUCCCUCUUACUUUUCUCUUUGCAAUGACGCCGCCUUUUGACAGAACAAAGUCAAGACAGUUGUCAGAUUGUUGUGAUUAAAAACCCUGAAGGCUUGUAUCACUGAAGAAUGACUAUGAGCCGGAGAUUGUGACAGCAUGGCCACGACUGCAGAUGGCUGCAUUCAGUUCACACGCCAUGCAGGUGACGUCCUGCUCAACUUCAACCGCCUCCGCAGCAGGAACAUCCUGACUGAUGUCACCAUACAGGUGGACGGGCAGCAUUUUCAUGCUCACAAGGCAAUCUUGGUGGCCUGCAGUGGCUUCUUUUAUACCGUGUUCAUGAACCCCGAGAAUGCAAACCUUAGUGCCAUCAGCUUAGACCCCAAAGUGGACCCCAAGGGUUUCUCCAUCCUGCUGGACUUCAUGUACACAUCCUGUCUGAACCUUAAAGACAGUCUGGUCCUGGCCACCAUGAACACAGCCAUCUACCUCCAGAUGGAACAUGUGGUUGACACCUGCCACAGAUUCAUCAAAUCCAGGCAUCAGUCUCUGAACGUGCAGACUGAAGAGGUACGGAUCAACUCAUUACAUCUGGCUGAGGAGAACCCUGCAUUGAGGCCUGUUGAUGAAAAAGAGACAGACUUAAGAAAUGUCCGCACGUCAACCUCAUCCUUUGUCCAGGAGUGCAGGUGCAACAUCCCCAAUGUUUUCAGGGGUAUUAACACGUCCGGCUCCUAUCAUGUGUACGGUGACCUCCAUGUCCCCGCUGGGAAGCUGGAAGGUUCCCAUAAGAUCAGCGCCCCUACCAGAGGGGGGGCUUUGUCCCAGAAACGAUGCUCGCAGGUACCCAACACCAACAUUACUCACAGUGACUCCACCACCAUCAUCCCCCACCCGCUGCCAUUUCACCCCAGUUUCCCCACCACCAUCAUCCAACCAGCAGGAGUCCACAGGAGCCAUCAUGGGCCUGCUGCUCCCAUGGAGGAAGAAAGUAUUCAGCACCCGCAAACCAGCUGCCUGAGGUUGUCUCCAGGUUUUAGCAAAGGUGUCAUUUGUAGCCCUCAAAGCCCACUCCGAUCUGACUGCCAGCCAAACUCUCCCACCGAGUCCAGCAGCAGCAGAAAUGCAACCCUGAGCCUCAAACAUCCGUCAGACUGCCCCAAAGACGCCAAGGCCCGCAACUGGAAGAAGUACAAGUUCAUCGUUAUGAACCAAACUCCUGAUGAGAAUGAAAAGGAGGCUCAGGGAGGCAACGCUGAUGCUGCAGACAUGUCCCCUACACUGAGCCCCUGCAGAAGUGGCGGAGCAGGUGAACACAGUGAGGUCCAGUCACACGAGGGAGCCAGCGAGCACAGAGAAGAGAUGCCCAUGUCUCAGAGUGUUGACAGCUGCAGCAGCAGCACCUGCAGCAGCAUCAGCCACCGCAGAUGCUCCUCCUGUGGCUGUGACAGCCCUCAGCGCAUGGAGAUGGGUCACCUUUCUCCUGACUCAUACAGCAGAGACGACACUACCAAACUACACUCAGAGUAUUCCCCCUCCCGCUGUGAAAACAACACCUACUUCUGCAAUGGUUGUGACUCCAAGUUCAGUGAUGAAGAUUCCCUGAAAGACCACAUGGUCCAGGUCCACAGCGACAAGCCAUACAAGUGUGACUGCUGCCAGGCUGCCUUUCGCUACAAGGGCAACCUGGCCAGCCACAAGACUGUUCAUACAGGUGCGAAGCCGUACCACUGCAACAUCUGUGGUGCUCAGUUCAAUCGACCAGCCAACCUCAAAACUCAUACCCGGAUCCACUCUGGGGAAAAGCCAUACAAGUGUGAGACCUGCGGCUCCCGAUUUGUCCAGGUGGCCCAUCUUCGCGCCCACGUUUUAAUUCACACAGGAGAGAAGCCGUACCCGUGUGAGAUCUGUGGAACCCACUUCCGCCACCUUCAGACGCUCAAGAGCCACAUGCGCAUUCACACUGGAGAGAAGCCUUAUCAUUGUGAAAAAUGUGACCUCCACUUCAGACACAAGAGUCAGCUGAGGCUUCAUCUCCGACAGAAGCACGGCGCGGUCACUAACACCAAGGCUCAGUAUCGCAGGACUCCCAGCAACAUCACCGCGGGCCUCUUGAACUCCUGCUGAGCCGUCUGCAGUCCUCUCACGUGUCAUUUUUUGAUUUUCUUUUGCAUCGGGCACCAUGUUGUCAAAAGAUUUUUAUUUUUUCUAUACACAGAUAGAAACAUGAAUAUAUAUAUUUGCCCUUUAUGCAUUUGUAAAUGAUGCACAUUACUUUGUGUAAGCUCUUUGGUAUUUCAAAGAUUGUAAAAGUGUAUGCUUUCGUUGUGAAUGUAUAAUAACAGAAUGUACAUUUUGAAUGUGAAUUUAAGCAGUUAUUUCUCUUUUGUUCAAAUUACUUAACAGAAUGUCAGCUUUGAAGGACAGUCCUCUUUCUCAUUCGGAUUGAGAAUCGCUGUUACAGUUUUGCUUUCGAUAUUGGUUUGAAUUUCCCCAAUAAUGUGGUCACAGUUUAUGCAGUUACUUUUCAUUAGGCUGUUUUUGUAAAUAAGGUAAUAUCUGCUGGCAGAGUACGAAUAUAUUUACGUUUAGUUUGUUUUUCUUACGCACAGAAAGCUUCACUGAGGGGCUUGUUAUUUUGCCAUUUCAUAGUUUGUGGUAUGUAUUGUAAUAUGUACAGAUUGUCAUUCAUAUGAAAAAUUGCUAUGUAUAUAUUUUCUUCUCUUAUUUUCCAAUCAUUUUUAGGCUCCUGUUGGUAUUUUGCACAUACUCAUAAUGCUGUGAUACAUAUAUUUUCGUACUUUUAAAAUAUUUCUACUUAAAAUGUAUGUGACCUGUUGAAAUUAUUUGUUACGCCCAGUGUAUAGCACCUGCUAUAUAUUAUUUAUAGUCUUUUUUUUUUUUUUUUGCUGUACUCUCAUUACAUUUUGGUGCUGCAAUGAUCCCCCGUCCCCAGGGGAUCAUUAAAGUUUUAAUCCUAUUUUAUGUAACCAUAUGUAUUAUAGUACACUCAUUCAAACCAGUGUAUUCGUAGUGCCUUAUGUUCACACUUUCUCAGACUAACUAUUAAUGCAUUUUAAAUUUGAUGAUAUGAAAGCCCCGGUACUUAUAAACUGCUUUCGUGAUGCAUUUGCCAUUUUGCAUUUGGUACUUUGCCCUAUCGUUAUGUGUAUGCAUGUCAGGUACUGUUGUUAUGGAAGCUGAUAAUCUGUUGUGUAUAGCUCUUAAAAUGCAGAUAUACCAGGCCUCAAGCUAAAAAACGCUCAGGAAUAUUAGUAUUAUGUAAGCAGGUGUCUUUGUAACUGCAAAUUAUAUACAUAUAUAUAUAUAUGAAAAAAAUAUAUAUAUGUGAAAAUAAAAUAAAAUGUAUAUAAUGUA